AUGCUACGCGUCGUCUGCGAAGCUGAGAGCGGCAUUCCAGGGCCGAAGAUCUCGUGGCAGCUCAACAACGUCAGCCUCAGUCAGAACCAGGGCUUUUAUACAUUAACUGAAUCUGGCUUGUUUAUCUUCAACUCCCUCAAAUUUUCAUCUAAUCUCUUGUCGAAUGCUCCCAACUCAAGAGGUUACAGCCAGACCUUUUGUAAUGGCGCAUCGCUCUCGCCAGCAGAUCAUCAUUGUGUCUGCAGGGAGGCAGACGAGGGCGAACUGACCUGCAUUGCUCGCAACAGCGCUGGAGAGGACCGCUUGACAUUCCAGAUUUCUGUUCUGGUCCCCCCUCGUGUUCAUCUGCCUCCUUCUAACCUGGGCUACGAGGACAAGCCGGUCACUCUGGAGUGCACUGUUUUUGGCCGACCGGAGCCGAAGGUCACUUGGGAGUUCAACGGGCAGUCAAUCGCCUCCGCUUUGGGCAAUCGGGCCCAAUUUGUCACACCGGCCAAGUUGACAAUUCAUUCGCUUCAGGUACGGCUAAGAGGAGGGCGCAUUGCAAUAAGGAGAAAGGGUACUGACGACAAGAGCUAG